CGCCAGCUAUGACGACCACGUGACCCCCUGGCAAAAUUCCACCGUCGUCGAGGAGAACGCUCUCUCGAGAAAGAGAGCCCUGAUUAACCAAAAGUUUUGCAACCGCACAUACUCGCACAUUGAGAGAGACACGAACAAAAGAGCCUGAUUGGCGGACGGUUAAAACGGCUCGAAAAAAUUAACUUUCAUUCAACCGACAAGACCAUUUCCCGCCUCCACAAAAUCAUGAGAUAAAAGUAGUUAAUUACUGGAAAGGCUUUUGAACACACCUCAUAUCUCAGUCUAUCUGAGUCACGGACGCGAGCUUCCGGCUUCGAGAGGGAUCAAUUAUUCAAAUAAUAAUACCACGUAGAUUUAAAAAUACGGAUAGCAAUAUUCAAGCGUUACGAGAUAAUAAUAUUCAUUCUGUUGAUAUUCGGCAAACUAUGAAAAAUCCGUGUGAAGGAAAUGAUUGAGAUUUACAACUUUACGGCAUACGACAACGAGCAACCAACAACCUACGAAUUAACGAUGUAAAUAACGAGAAGAAUCGAAGUGUGUUUUCAUUCGGAGAUUCGCACGGUCGAAUAAUAUUAAAUAAAGACGAUAAAUAAUCAGUGAAUGCAAUGAUUAUUAUCGCAGGAAUUAGCCUCAAGCGCUUGAAUUAUUGUAAUUUAACUUCUAUCCUGAUGAAAGAGUCCACGAUCCUGUGAUCUUUCGAGCGGAGAUUCGAGCCCGACAGUGCGGAUUAACGAGGCCGUCUUCGUAACUUCUCACUUUUGGUCCCAGCCUAAUGACGAUGGAUAUAGAAGCAUCGUUAUUAAUAAUAAUAUCGUAAAAAGGGAGUUUUGAGGCAACAAGAAAAUUCAGAAUAUCUGAUCAAAAGAUACGCACGGUCGGUCUCGAUCGAUAGGAACACGCAUUAAUCUGCAGGAGGAAAGGAUUAAAGGUGGUGCGGAAAAAGACGUGAUCGAAAUUUGUCGGAAAUUGAUUCACUCGCUCCCUGUCCUUUCGUUUUUUUUUUCCCACGUGUAUCGUUCGAUCGUUUGGAACAGUGCAUUAAAGCUGGCGAUACAUAGAAACGUCAUGAAGUCGGAAAACUCGAGACUAGAGGCACUCGAAGCUCUAUUGCCAAAACGAUAGAGCUAUUACGGAUCUGAACACACAUUUCCGAUCCCAACGAGCAGCCGUUUACAAAUGAUCGUUACUGGUUGGAUCGAGCGAAAGCGCAGCGGCCUAAAAAUCCUCGUGACUGGAGCGAAAGAUCGUUCCGAAAGGAAAAAACGAAAUAAAUGAAUGAGAUUAUUGAAAGGAGACGAAAUAAUUUUAUAGUGGAUGAAAUCGAGACGAUUGAAGUGCGAACGGCGAUGAAAAUAACUGGAAGGUGCAUCGAUCUCGUUGCGUGAUAUGAAAAAAUUGUCCAAGUCCUCCAGGGCGAUCGAGAGCUGCCAAAAUUUUGUCUAUUCGUUGACAAAAAUGGCUCAUUCGUUCAAUCCCCGUAUCGCGUGUUGCGCCCGUUCGUCUCAUCGUGAAAAUCCGAGAGCUUACAAUCGAACGAUCGAUCGGGUGAAGGGUCAGCCCCGCGACCAAUAGCCAAGUCGAAAAGUUGAGCGGGGAAACGAUGAAAUUGAAGUAACGCCAGAGAACCGGACAAGAAUGGUUUUCGUCCGUAAUAAAAUCGCGUGAUUCGUUCGCCAAAGUGAAUAUCUCCGAAUACACGGAUUAAUUGUAAAUACACCAAAUAUUCUGGCUCAACUGGCCGGAUAAAGUCUCCUUAAAGUGCGCGAAUGGGAUCGAUCAAAGGAGGAAUAAAUAAAACGGGAAUAAACGAAAGAACGAAAUAAGAAAAGGGUUCGGGCCAGAUGAGAAAGCGCCGCGUGUCGAGGGACCUCUUCGUGAAAGUCUUUGUCGGAGCUUCGAGGUGUGGGUUACGGAGUGACCGACUGUGGUGGUGAGCCGAUUCUCGAUAUCGGUAAUUCCCCUUGAGGCUCGUAAACCCGAGAGCGUCGUGGUUCUCAAACUGAAAAUAAACAAACAACCUAAAUCGCGAAUCCUUCAAACGGCGAAUGCGUUUGAUGAAACACCGUAAAAAGAGUUUACACCUUGUAAAUAAUUAGCGCCUAGAUAAAAUUUCUAUGAAAACAGAGCCACCAGAUUCGUCCUCCGUGGCCCACUAGCAAAUCAAUUAGAUCGUCCACUUUUCCGAUUUCCAAAAAACUCGGUGAUGACCGUCACAAGCUCAAGGAGCCGAGAAACAACUCACAGUCCUGCCAGAGUCCCAGAAAGUCCUGAGCACUCGCUGCUCGUCGGUUCAUUCGUAGCUGAAGCCAAUUGAGCUCCUCGUAGCCUUAUUUUUCCACGGGUUUCUCCGUCUGGAGAAACUCACAGCGAGAUAUAGAAUUGCGCCGCAAGUGAAUAGGGCGAAAAUUCUAUAACGAAAGAAAUAAGUAGCUCGUGAUCAAGAUAGCGGUGGCGGCGGCGGCGGCGGCAGCAGGCAAAAACGAUAAAGCCGAUAAAGUGUGAUGCGUGGUAGCAGCUCCGAGCUUUUGCUUGACGCGAGCAACAGCCAGCAAAGUAACGAACAACAGAGCAAGUACGAGAGCAUAAAGGAGCAAGAGCAACGUCGUCGCAAGCUGUUGGAAUUAGGGUUUGGCGCUUCGCGGCGCCGACCGCCACGGCGUACCUGCCGUCAGCGGUUCAAUUUUUAUGCAACAUCAGCCCUCGCCCUUGUCGUUACUUCCGGCGUUGCUGCCCUACUUUUUCUCGUGCCCUUGUACGUCGAUCCUGCCAUCAGUACCCUAGCCGCAGAUUUUUCGCCUCAACCGGUUCUAUGCACAACUGUCAGGCGCGAGGACAUUGCCGGUAUUUUCAAUUGCACAUGGAGCUCCUGCCGUGAAGGCUGUACCAGCGACGUUUAUCGCUGCACACAUAUUUACGUUACUUACGCACCUGACACCAACUUCACCGAGUACGAGAGAAAUAACGAGACGAAUAACGUUACGCCGAUCGUACCGACCACUGCUCUUCCCGUACCAUCCCCAUCAGCGGGUGACGUCGAGGCUGUACUAAUGGUGAACAUCAAGGGCUGCGGCUAUCCGCCGGUGGUCGAUUGUGAAAAUUUUACCCGCGAGCUUGGCUACGAGGGUGCGAAAUUCCCGUGCCACUACAGUCGCGUUAACGGUAGCAUAGUUAUGGCAAAUUAUAAUCGCGAGGCCCAGGUCGAGACAAUAAUGCAUUUCUUGGCCGCGCCUUUCGUCGUUACUCUCGCCACGGGAGUUGCGCUCUGUGUUAUGCACUGUGAUUGCCGUUGUGCUCCACCACCGGGUCACCAUUCGCGGGGCAUGAGAAGGCACAGGAUGAACGAUUUAAGUGACCACUCGAUAAGCAAUAGGGUGGAUCGAAGAGGACAUCCGGCACGCUGCGAAUGCGGUGAAGUCACGAGGCCCUUAUGACGGCGGGAGGAGACGGCCGAGAGUGCUCUGGCUACGUCUCAAUCCGAUUUUUAGGCUUUUAGACUAUCCUCUCCAUCAUUUAUCCCGGUUCGUUUAUUUUUUUAAUGUCUUUUUCAUUCAUUAUAUUGACAUACGCAUACGCAUAGGUAUAACAAUCUCCAUUGUAUUAAUUCUCGCCAGCGACGACUUUGUCUCGAUCAUUUGUUUGCUUUAUUUUUUUGAGGGCCGGUAUGUGGCCCUUACCUUAAUUGAAUCCCGGACAUACUGGUCGGGGCUGCUGGGCGGCUGUGCGGGUAUGGUUUUUUUGUCCUUUCCCUUUCUUUCUUUCUUACUUAUUUUUUUUCAUUUUUUUUCUUUCUUACUAUUUCUCCACCUCUUCCACAACUCGGUUUUCCUUCUCGCCCUCGAGACCCACGCCGACACACGCGAUCUCGGUACACCGACAAACAUCGGCUCAAGUGUCCUGACCCCUCGUCACUCCUCUCCGGCCAACAAAGAAUAAGAAAAAACAAAACAAAAACAAACAAACGAAAUAAAUUCUCUGCGAAACGAGAGAAAACUGAGAAACGACCAACAAAAAGAUUCGCGAGGAAAGCAUUACUUCAUUUUGCCCUUUCAUCGAUCGCCGAGUUCAACGUGGACGAACGAUCACUCGCUAUACGUGUUCCCCCUCGCUCAUCCAUCCUCGAAUCGAAUUUUAUUCGACCCAAACGUUCCUUGGAAACAAAAUAAUAACAAAAACGAGAAUUCACUACUCGAAACGUUUUUUCUACCCCCCCUCACGAUGAGAUCGAUUAUUGCGUGAAUAAUUUUGAGAUUAUAGAAAAAUACGAAAAGUAAUGAAACUCGUCGACUCGUUAUGGAACUUCCGGCCCAUAACAGGAUCCCCAAAACUGUAGAAAUUUUGGCUAAUAUCGUUCAUCUCCGAUCUAUGGCGCUUGCUUCUCUUCCAUAUAUAUAAAUAUAUGUAUAUGUUUAUUUGCAUAUAUUGUAGAUAUAUAUAUAUUUAUAUAUAUGCACAAACGAUGUCAACAAUGUACCUCGGAUUAUUGAUUAACGCGAUGAGUGGAGAUGAGAAUGCCGAGUCUCUCUCUCUCUCUCUUUCUCUUUCUCUCACUCUAUUCCCUCAUUCUUCGCCCUUGGCCCUUUUCGGUUGGGAAAUAAAGUCUAUGGAACUUUUCAUGUGAGAUUGCGAGAAACUUGAAUUAUUGAACAAUAAGAAAAAUAAAGUAGAAUCCACGAAAACGUUGGGUUUCGAGAAUUUUGCAAAAGUUUCAGUGAAUUUUUUAGCUCGGAUCUCCAGAAAUUUGUAUCACUCUAUUCGCGAUGCUUUUUCACAGUUUCAAUGCUCCAAUUUACAGAACGAAGGGAACGAAAUUUGUUUUCUUUUAUUAAUAUUCGACGAAAUUGCACGAUGUUGCGGUUGAAACUGCGAGUAAAAGAUCGUAUACGGUGCGGUUUUAAUAUUCAGAGAAUCGCGCGCCAGCCGCAGGGGAAACUCGUCAACUCUCUGCUAUGUACACGAGAAAUCCAUAUCCAGAGUUCAAUGAGUCGGGACAAUAUUGGAGAUCGACGAAAGAUUGACACGUUUGAGGCUUCCCUCGAACGAUCUUGAGAUUGUUUUUUCUCCCGACUUUUUAAUUUGCGUAUUUAAUUGACAGCGGAUACAGAGUAUCGGGGUGAUAUGAAUAAACGAUUUUUAAUCGCACACGAUGAAUCGAAAGGUCGCUUUUUCAUAAUCUUUUCUUUCGCUCAGCCUCGUUUCUCAGUAACUACGGAUCACAAAUUUCAUUAUUUAUGUCUCAAUGCGCCCCCGCUCGACUGUGCGUCCUUUCGGAUUCUCGUUUCAUCACUAUUUCCCCUCAUUUCUCCUCCUCUUUCCGUAAGUGACCCAACGAAAACUUGCCGCUAGAGUGGACAUGCUCUCGUAUGAAACGUCAUUUGUCUGACUCGCUGGAAACGCAAACAUGAGAACGUGCAUCGUAACUUUCGUCGUCGGAGUGCACGCAAGCUCCUCGCUAUUUUUCGCACUUGAUGAAUUUUUCAUUCGGCUGCUUUUCGGUUGAGUUACCUCAUGGCUCCUCGCAUUGAAAAAUACCGAGGGAAAUGGGAAGCUGGAUUAUUCGUGUGUGCGGAGCUCUUCUAUUCGUCAAAAUAACUGUACCAGUCACAACUUUGGGAUGAAAAGAAACUUUCCCUAUGAAUUCGUAUUUUCGGAUAAUUUCUGUUUGAGAACGACGCGACUGUCCGCAAAAAAGUAACUUCGAGUCGAACGACCCGUAGAAGUAUCAAUGUGAUAUCAUGUCGCAUUGAAUUCCGGAUAAAAUAGUGACCUCGCAUUAUUCGUUUGCAUGUUAAAAGAUGUCAGCACGAAAACGUCGAGGGUGCUUCCCUCUCCCUUUCUCUCUGUCUCUCUCGCUCUUUCUUUUUUCCAUUUCGCCCGUGUGUUUGUGUGUGGAAGUUUGCCAAACCGCGAAACGACCACGGGACAGCCUAAAAGUGGCUUUGACCCUCGCUCGGUAUAUAAACGUCCCAAUUGGAAAUUACAAUUAUAUCACAGGGGCCGAGAGUCACGUGACGGAAGGAGAGAAGGAAGAAAAAUGGAGAAAAAUUUGACGGUAUUUGAGGUGCUCGAGUCACGCGAGAAAUUUCCAACGCUGCGCAAUAAUUUAUCGAAAUAAAUCAGCAAUUAAUAUAAAUAUGCGAGGCUUCGACAAAAUUGAUUUUUGGCAUUUUACGCUAAUCAUAAUAAAACAUAUCUUCUUACCUCGUCAAAGAAAUUUCGAGAGUGAGAUUGUAAUUAAAAUUGAAAUUUUCUAAUGUUAUUGUCCUUAUUAUUUCAUAUGAAAAUAUUUUCGUUAAGGAAGCGAUAGCAAUCGAAGCACAUAGUUGAAAGUAGUGUAUUUACAACACGAAAUUAGAGUUACAUUCGCCGACGAUUCACUUUUGACAGUUCAAUCAUUCUUUUCGAUUCUGUUAUUUGUUAUCUCCAAAUUCUUUAUUUUAUUUUAUUUUUGUUUUAAUUUCCUGAAAUCAAAGGGAAUAAGAACAACACUGUUCUCAAACCGUCCAUUAUUAUAGUGAUGACAAUGAAACGCCUGGUGCAACAUUUUAUUACAAUUAAGGAUAAAAGGAUUUCCGAAUUACGCAGUUGAAGGAUGUGAGAGGAGAAAACAUGAUGUAGAUAGAGAAAUAUUAAAUAGUUUGUAGUAUUUUCGCGAUUUUUGGUCGUUUUUAGAGGCCACGCACGAAGCUAACUGGGUAUUUUUCAUUCGAGGAUUUAUCAGCAGUAGGGGAUGCUAGUAUUGAAAAAGUCACGGAAACAUAAUGUUAAUUAUCGUGAAAAUACGUUAAUCGUAAAAUUGUACGGUUCGCCGGAACGGAAAUGAUAUGAAGUAGUUCACUAAUCUGGCGACUGGGAUGCAAUAAAUUAAAAUUCAGUUCGUUAAUCCGCAUUCCCAUGCUAGUAAAUCAAAUGAAGGAAUAAAUAUUUAGUUGAAUGUCAAAUAGGCAUUUAAAUUCGAAGUGAACAAUGAACCUUGACUUCGCAGCUUCGCGUAUCGAUUUUACGAAUUUUCCAUUUUCACUAGUGUUCGUUACAAUUGAAUUAUCCUAACGAGAGAGCGAGGGAAGGCAGGAAGAAUGGGCGACCAAAAGAGAGAGUGAUAAAGAAAGAGCUUUGAAUUUGUAUUACCCGAACGAUAUCGUUUCCGAAAAAGUGACUUUUCAUCCCAAAGGCAAGGGCAGUUGACUUUCAUACCAAUGAAACCUUUGAAUGAAAAUAAAAGAUAAUUUUAUUGAAAAUUCCUUCAAACUGGAGAUCUCAUUAGCGAAAAAUUGCACCGACGAAUAUUUUGGCGAGAGUCGCUAUUGGCCCUUUAACUGAAAUCCAUCAAAAUGGAAUGACCAUAGGUAAAUAUAAAUAAACAGGGAGGCUCAAAAUAAAGAGGUGGGAGAGAGAAGCGAACGAACAAAUUGAAUAUUAUGAGUUGAGCCUUUGUCCAUUGUUGCCCGUUCGUACGAGGAUAUCUCGGGGCGAAGCAUGCGAAAUUUUCGGUUAAAUGGAUCAGUGCGUCGACAGCGAUUGGCCUGUAUGUAUACGCAGUCACACAUGCGAGUGCACAGUGGCCGCUGACCUAACACAGGGACGAGGAACGAUGAGAUAUUUCAUUGUUCGGUCUGAAGCGCUAAUCAGGCUAAAUGGGGUUAUGUGCAUAGAUCCACGCAGCGUGUGCGCCGCCAAAUCCAUAUAUAUGUCGGGAGUGUUGGGUGGCGAUGAAAUAUGCAUAUAAAACGCAAUCGUUGCGGGCACGAAAUCAGGUGGAAAACGAAGAAGGAUGGGACGAGGCAGGAGGGUCAAGGAAAAUAGGGGUGCAUAGAACGGUCGAGGGGAAUCACAAAGCUUGACAGCAUUUCCCAUCCACACUGUGGGCAAUGAGACCACCAAACGUCACUGACGAAACAGAAUUUUCUUCUUAUCAUUAUUAUGAUUAUUUUUAUGAGCAUUAAACGAAUGGAAUGGCAGUGAAAAUUCGACAAACUGAAUGCUUGACGAUGGAGCAUUACUGUUUGCCACUGUUUCGAUCGUUGGACGCGAUAAAACGUACCGAAUGAGAGAGAGAGAGAGAGAGAGAGAGAGAGUACGAUUGAGCGCCGAUGUUGAGGUGCAUCCUGAUCAUGCUCAUGUAAAUAUAUCACAUGUUUAUGUAUACAUAUAUGUGAGGUAUAUGCAUAUAUUUAUAUAUAAAUAUACAUAGAUCUAUACCACCAGUUACGUAUUAAUAUCGGCACUGCCAAGGCUUUGAAUAAAACGAACAAACAAAAUAUACAUAUAUUUAAAGAAGAAAUAAUAAACGAAAUCAAAAAUUCCGAACGCACGGCCAAUCAAAAUUCAAUCAAAGCCGAUUCGUUGAAGAAAUAAAACGGAGACGCGCUCGCUACUCGGCCGGAAUAUCCAAAUCGGUCUUCUCCAUAAUAUUAUUAUUCAUAACGUUUGUUUACGAUUGUAUGUUAUAUAUUUGGAUAUAUUUAUAAUAAUAUAUUCUUGUGAGUAAUAUAUCAUUGCUAAAUAUAUUAUUAUAUAUAAUAUAUCGAAUUGUGCAGGAUUGGAAUUGUACGGAGAACGAUCAACGUCUCUACCCGUCUCGUUAUUGUUGCUAAUGUUUCUAACCACUGUCAGAAGUCCCCGAAACUCCCUCCCUGUUCUCCGUUCGCGUAUAUGGCAUUCGGUAUUUGAAUACUGUUAAUAAACAGAGUAAAAGAAAAUGAAGAAAAAAACGAAAAUAGAAAAAAAAUAAUUAAAAUAAUCCGAUACGAGCUUACGGUACCAAAGGAUUGAGAGAAAAAGAAACAAGAGAAAAUAAAUGACGUAGCCACACUAGGUAUAAUUAAAUUAGGUUUAAUGGAAUAACGAAUUCGUGUAGCCGAUGUACAUGGAAAAUAAGAUGGGUAUUGAGGGCACACUGCGAGAUUCGCUCGAAUUGAAUUCCAUUCUCACGUAACUGGAGGUAUUGAAAAAAUCCUACAGACGAAUGAUGUAAAGAAAAAUAGUAGAUUUUUCGUAGAUCUAAUAUAAAAAUCCAGAAUAUGGUGAUGAAAUUUCAUUUUGAACUUUGGUCAAAUGCAGAUGAACAAAUAGUCUCUCGUUUCGUUUUUCCUUUGAAGAAAUGAGGCAAUUGAAUUUUCACCAACUCUCCGAAUCGAAAACGCGCGAUUGCCGAUAAUAAUUUUAUACGACCGAGCCGGAUGGAUGGAUGAAGAGCACGAACGAUGGGAGGAUAAUAGUGAGAGUGAGAGAGAGAGAGAGCAACCGAGCGGAAGAGAAGGAAUACUGUAAAAUCGUGAGAUCGUAAUUUUCGAAUAAAAUCAAACGACGAUAUAACCGUGGCUCUCGCGAUGGGAGACCAAAAAAGGAGGAAACUAAAAUCUAAAGAAAAACUAAUAAAAUAUUAUUCGCCGAAUUUGCCUCCAAGCUUUUUGGCCUUUAAUUGCGUAAGCCAAAAGAUAAAUAUAGAAUAGUUUACCAAAUACAACAGACAAAAUUAUGUUCCAGGAGUGUUAUUUUUAAGAGUGAAAAUCAUUUACGAACCACAAUUGUGCACGAGUUUAUGAAAAGACGAAUAUAUUAUAAUUAACAAAGCAUAGAACAGUGAGACGAAAAAAAAAACAAACGCUUGUAUCCGCAAAUCAAUAAAAAAAAAACAUAAAUUUAGUGUGCCCGAAAAAUAAUCGUGUAAUGGAGAAAAAAAAACGACAAAUCGGAUAAGCAUUCUGUGUAAGUGAGAAAGAAAAAAAAAAGAAAAAUACGCCCGAGAAUAUCCACAUGUAUAUACAUAUAUCUAAAAUAUUGCGAUAAAUAGAAGUAGGCUAGCAACGAAUAAAUAAAUAUAUACAUAUAUCUACAGAUAUAUAAAAAUAAAUAUAUAUGUAUAUAAAUAAAUUGCGAGAGCAGCGCGGCGUGUGGAUGUUAUCAAUUUUUAAUGUGGCGCGGUUUGCCCGAUGUCGAUAUUUAGCUGGUCUAAAUGCAAAGGGUUGUUUCUACUACUCGUAGAUAUCUAUAAACAAAUUAAUUAUACGACAUGAAAUAACAUAUAUAUAUACACACAUACUCGUUUAUUUCCACAGUUGUGUGGCAGUAUAUUUUUGGCAUUAAUAGCAUUGUAUUAUGCGAGAGAUAAAAAAAAAAUGCAAGGAAAAAACUAAACACUAAUAACAGUGAUAAGAAUAAUAAUGAUAAGAGUAAUACUGAAUUUUUAACCUCAAUUCGUACUGAUUUUCUGGUUUAUUUAUAUUCGUUGAAUAUUCUCGAUGCUCUCAUUCGUUUUGUAGUUUUAUAUUCUUUCUUUUUCUUUGUUUGUUCGUUUAUAAGAGAAAAAUAAGAAACUUCAAUAAGGAAUCUACGAUUGGGGAAAAUAUUGUAUUAUUAUUAUAAUAGGGCCUACACAAAGCGAGACGGAGAAUGUGAAACGUCGAAUUACAGUUGAAUAUAUAUAUAAAAAUAUAUCUGAUUUGUGGUCUUCGGAGGAGUUCAAUCUCGUACCAACUUUCAGACUCCUUCGUAUAAUCCAACGAGAUUCACCGAAUAAUAAUAAUAAUAAUGAUAAUAAUAAUAACGAUAACGAUAAUGGUAAAACUAAUAAAAACAACGGCUCCUUAAAAAAACGGGAGAAAAAAAAUCAAAAAUGUAAUACCUAAAGUGAAUCAAGUUGAAUAAAAUAAAACAUAAAAUCAAACGAUUUAAAGAUAUGAAAUGAAGAGUUUUAAAAGAAUAAAGGAAAACGAGAGAAGUA